AUGUCUCAAAAAAUCUAUUUGAACCAAAAUAUUGAAGUUAAAGUUGAGCUUGACAACCAACAGCCAACAAUUAAAUGGUUUAAACGUAGUGAAAAACUGAAAUGUAUUCGAAUUGAAGUAGCCGUCGCAUAUGGAAUAAAUCAAGAUUUUUUAAAAUUCAAGAUAAAGAAAAUGAAGAAAGAAUCAAUCAUAGAUCACGAUUGUGAAGCUAAUUACAAGCUAAAGGAUAUACUCCACGAAGACAACGUCAUUUAUCUUUCUACCAUUUUACCAGAAAAAUCAAUUACCGUACGUAUAGAUGGUAAUGUAGUAGAUAACAUAAGCUUAAAUCCAAAUGUUCCGGUGAACGAGAUUCGUAGAAGAAUAAUUUUAAGAAAUUUAGUGUCCUUUCCAAAUUUUAUCUUUAGAAAGAAAGGAAUCAAUAGUCCUGAAAUCUUGGAGCACGAGGAGGAAAGUGUUCUUCUGAGAAACAUUCUUGAUAACGAUAAUAAUCUAUAUAUUUCUCUUUUAAGAUCUCGGUCUCAGGAGAUAGCCAGUGAAAUAAGAGUAUGCGUCUUUAACAACGAUGAGAAUGGACUUAUGUGUUUCUUGGACGAGAACGCAACACUUUCUCAGAUAAGAUCAUUAUUCGAAAAGAAAACAGAGGGUAGCCCACUUUACAUGGGUUCAAACUAUUAUUUCGUAAUCAAUGGUAAUGUUAAAAUUGACAAAAGCGUAGAAUCGAGAGAAAUAUUGAAAGAAAAUAUAAGUCAAAAAAAGGACAUAUAUGUCCUAAAUAUCAUGAAAACAGAUGAAAUUGAUUGGAUACGAUUAUCUAGAAUGUGUGAGAAUGGAUUUAAGAUCACGAAAGAUGAUACCGUAACGAAGAGAAAAUGGAAGGCUGUUGAAAAGGCACCCGAACAAGCAUUUAAAAUUAAGAUAGAAACCGAAGAUAUAAUGCCCAUUUCAGAUGACGAACUAUAUAGGGGUGACUUUUGCUGUGAUGAUGAAUUGGAUGAUCUAUGUAAACGAAAUCUCAUCACAUAUAGUAGCGCUUCAGCUGUAUUGCCUUGGCUGCCUUUGUUCUUGGGAAUUUCUUAUGAAAAAUCGAAUCAUGUGACUAAUUUGUAUAAGAAAAGGACGGAAUAUUCCAUUCUUAAAAUAGAAAAGAAGAAAAUCAAGAUAUCAAAUAUAGAAUUAUCGCAAAGAUUUAUAGAUGAAGUCAAAAUAGCGUUGGGAGAAAAUACGAGAAAACGGAAGUUGGAAAAACUAUGCGAAGUUUCUAAAAAUUAUGGACAUUUUUACGCCGAACAUAUUAUUUUUGGAGGAGCAGUAGUAACAAGAAAAACAAACAGAGAAAUAUCUAAAAACAAAUUCCGGAGUCAGAAAUUUGGCGCAAAAAUAUUGGCUGGCGCUUUUGCAAACCUAUUUGCUACAGCUAGUAAAGAAAUAUCAUCCACAGAAAUGAAUUCCGAAGCUACGUCUUAUUUUCAAAUUUUUGGUGGUGAUAAAGCGACAUUUAGUUCAACUAAUUAUACUCCGUGGAUUGAUUCCCUCAAAGAUCAAAAUAAGUGGGGAAUUGUCGGUUUUGACAAUAUUCAUUCGAUAUUUGACUUGUUAGAGGAAAAUUUAAAGAGAGGAGUAUUAGAAAUUUUUGGUCAAAUAAUUCGAGACGUAAACAUUUGUAAUUUUACUUUUGAAUUAAAUUUAAACAAAAACACACCUGUAGUAUUCAACCUGCAUGAAAAAUUGGAUUUUGACGCAAAUAUAAACCAGUACAAAAUCUAUAUCUCAAUAAUGAGUAAAGAAGAGGACAUAUUUUCUUCACGCGUUCACUAUGAUGAAGAAAAUUCACCAGUAAUUUUAAUUCAUAGGAUUAAUUAUUCUAGAAACGAUAAGAAAAGUUCUCAAAAAAUCCAGAAACCUGAGAAAAAGCGGUUUAACAUUCAGAUUGGAUGGAUCAUUGUUGGUUAUCCUGAAAAAUUUGAAUUCGAGAAUAUCAACAAAAACAUAACAUUUAAAAGUUACGACUUUUUUAAGUCGCCAAAUUACCAACAUUUAUAUAAUAUAGAGCCGUUUUUUUGUACACAAGAUUUUCAGAGAACUUGUGCGUUGGCUACGUGCGUGUCAAAAUCGCCAAAAAUUAACUCCGAAGAUAUUACGUCAUCUCCUAAUACACAAGUAACAACAUGCACUUCAUCUUACAUAUCUUCCGAAAAUACUGUUAUAACCGGUUUACAUUUCUCUAUCAAUGGAAACUCGGCAUGUUUGUUCGCAUAUGACAUUGAAAAUGGCAAACGAUGUGAAGAUUCGGAUUUCAUUAAUAGUUUGAAUCUGUUUUCGAGCUGCAUUGACGAAGAAAAUCGAUGCUGUACUGGCAUAUUUGGUCAGACAGAUAUUAAUUGGAACGUUUUUAAAAGUGCAAACCAUAGGCCUUCUCUUUUUAAAUAUACGAAUAGAGAUCAAUUACUGAAAAUAAUCAAGAAAAACGCCAUCAGAUCUGAUAUAGAUAAUAAUAUGCAAAAAAUUUUCAAAGCUCCGAUGUUUAUUACUCUUCACUUUGAUAAAUGUCCUGAUCAGUGUCAUCAUGCAAUUGUUAACAUUGGCUCUGAUUCCAUAUUAUAUAAAUCUUUAGAAGACACUGUUCUUAAGAAGGAACAUGGGAGGGUAUCUUAUUUUUUGUGCUCAUCAGAAGAAUCUUCUCUCGAGCUGUGA